ACUUCCUUUUUCAUCUCCCUGUUUAAAGAGCAGAGAAGUGGGAAUCCGGAAGCCGGAUUCUGGGCCUCCACGAGCACUCCCUCUCCAGCAGCCCCUCCAACUCCGCGCAGCCCCUGUGAUCGCCCCGCAGCCCUCCUUGUGCCCGGCAGCUCCUCCGACACCCCCCCCGAGCCCCGCCCUGUUCCCGGCAGCCCUCCAGAUACCCCCGGCAGACUCCCACCCCACGCACCCCGCACGCCAGGGACGCCGAACCUGGCCCGGGAUGGACAGGGAGGCGCGCGUGUUCGCCGAGAGCCACUUCCGAGGCCUCGAGGGGUGUCUCCCCGGCAGGGUCUGCCCGAAACUGGACCGCGUAGACUUCAUCGAGAAGCCGGACUCCUUUUCCUACGCCGACUUCUUCAAGGGUUACCUGCUCCCUAACUUACCCUGUGUUUUCUCCAGCGCCUUCACCGAGGGCUGGGGCAGCAGGAGGCUCUGGGUGACACCCAGCGGAAAGCCCAACUUCGAUUAUCUGCUUCAGAACUAUGGAGACGUGGUUGUACCUGUUGCAAAUUGUGGGGUCCGGGAAUACAACUCCAACCCCAAAGAACACAUGCCCCUCAGAGACUACAUCAGCUACUGGAAAGAGUACAUUCAGGGAAACUACUCCUCUUCACGGGGCUGUCUCUAUCUCAAAGACUGGCAUCUGUGCAGGGACUCCUCGGCGGAGGGCGUGUUCACCCUGCCCAUAUACUUCUCAUCUGACUGGCUCAACGAGUACUGGGAUGCCCUGGACGUGGAUGACUACCGCUUCAUCUACAUGGGGCCCACCGGCACCUGGUCGCCGUUCCAUGCUGACAUUUUCCGCUCCUUCAGCUGGUCCGUCAACAUCUGCGGGAGGAAAAAGUGGUUCUUCUUCCCACCGGGGCAAGAAGAAGCCCUGCGGGAUUGCCACGGUAGCCUGCCCUACGACGUGACCUCCCCCACACUCCUGGACAGCCGCCUGCACCCCAUGCGAGAUCACUGUAGCCCACCACUGGAGGUCACACAGGAGGCAGGCGAGAUGGUGUUUGUGCCCAGUGGGUGGCACCAUCAAGUCCACAACCUGGAGGACACCAUCUCCAUCAACCACAACUGGGUCAACGGCUGUAACCUGGCCAACAUGUGGCACUUCCUGCAGCAGGAGCUCUGUGCCGUGCAGCAGGAGAUCAUUGAGUGGAGGGACAGCAUGCCCGACUGGCACCACCACUGCCAGGUCAUCAUGAAGUCCUGCUCCGGGAUUAAUUUCGAGGAAUUUUAUCACUUCCUCAAGGUCGUUGCUGAAAGGAGGCUUCUCCUCCUGGCGAAGGGGAUGGGUCCUGGCAAGGUGGAGGGCGGCAAGGGCACCAGGCUGGGCCCCCAGCAGGCCGCUUUUGACAUUGGCCGCAUAGCUGAGGUGCUGGAGUCCGUGGUGGCCCACCCUGACUUCCAGAGGGUGGACACCACUGCAUUCUCACCACGGCCAGAGGAGCUCCUACAGCAGCUGGAGGAGGCUGUGGCCGCCACUACAUCCCUUUAGUGCAUGCUGCAAGGAUCGGGGGCAACACAUCCUUGGGGGACCCUGGAGGCACCAGUGUGGAAGGCAGUCACCCUGUGCUAGGGUCCCUUCUGGAAAUAAAGCUCUGUCCUCCUGUGUGGCCUGGGAUGUGUCACCUCCCUGUUGAACUGUCACCUCGUCGUCCCAGGCACAAUUCCUGCUCUUUGGGGUCUGACAUGUCCUGGCUGUCUGCUGGCAUCCCUGGGGCCCCGAUGCCUGUCCAAAGGGUCCAGGCUCCUUGUCCUCAUGAGGCCCAGCCAGGACUGGGAACUGGAUCCGGUGGGGGCGGGGGCGGUGCAUGGGGAGGUGUUGGUCAUUUGGACCCACGGCAAGGAGGCUGGGAAUGUGCUGGGGACUCAGGAGUGGGGGUGGCAUGUGGCUAGGUUUUCUUCUCCCCCACACCCCCAGCAUUCCCUCAGCAAAGGUCAGCAUCCAAGCUGACAGGCCUCCCAUCCGCAGCAGUGCAGGGCAGCUGGCUCGUCUGGCAGGGCCCCCUCUGCGGUAGCACCACAUCCCUGCAUGAGUCCACACAUCUCCCACUGGAGCAAGACCCUCAGUGUAGGGUGGAGACACUGGGGCCCAAGGCAGCCCCAAGACCAAAGGCCUGUGUCUCUAUCCCACACUAGAACCACCUGUGCCCCCCUCCUCCCCAGCAGGAUCCUGAGCCAAAGAUGUCUGUUGGUCAGGGCUCUAGGCCUCAUGUGCUGUCCUUCAUGCAAGCCCCCCAAGUGUCGUAGGUACAUCAUUGACAUGCCACUUGGGCCCUGCUGGCAGUAGGGCAAGGCAAAGCACCAGUGAGUUUAUCCCCCUCCUGCUUGCUACAGCACCACCUUUCCCCUUCAGAGACUCUAAGCCCACCCUAGCAGCUGCAUACCCAGUGAGGGAGAGGGCCUUGCCCACGGUCUCUCUGCAGGCCAGGUAGGGCUCAAAAGGCCAGCUGGAACCUGGGCCUCUUCCACACUUCAUACACCUGUUCUGCACCAUACUACUUCAACUCAUUGAACACCCACUAUCCGCCAUCUAAAGUCACUUUGCAAACAGUGUUUGAUUCAACAACGACUCUUUGUGCACUCAUUCUGCCCUGUCCAGAAUUUUUUGUCAUUGCAGACUCUUUACACUUGUAUGUACCGUCCAGUUUCCACUUCUUGCACACCUAUAUUACACCCAAUAGUCAGAGUUUCAGGAUUCUCCAGAGAAAUGGAACCAAUAGAAUAUGUGUAGAAAGAGAGGUGUUAAGGGCUGUUGAUUGUUAAAUCUGCAGGAUAGGCUGGAGACCCAGGGAAGAGUUGACCUUGCGGUCUUGAGUCUGAAGGCUGGAAACUCAGGCAGGGUUUCUGUGUUGCAGUCUAGAGGCAGAAGUGCUUCUUUGGGAAACCUAGGUCCUUUGCUCUUAAGAUCUUCAACUGAUUCGAUGAGGCCCACCCACAUUAUGGAAGGUAAUCUGCUUAAAGUGUGUUGAGUUCACAGCAACAUCCAGACACUGGCAUUUAGCCAAACAACUGUGCACCAUGAACUGACCACACUGGCACAUAAAAUGGACCAUUGUAAUCACUCCCCGCAUAUUCACUGGUCACUCUACUUCAUCCAGUGCCCACUUCUUAUGACAUUGACCAGUGUCUCCUUGCUCACUCACUGUGCAAUUCAAAAGCCAAUGACUCAUUUCCAUUUGACUUGACACUUUGCACACCUCUUUGCCAUUCAGUCACUGUUUACACACUCGCCAUGUGCAGUUCAACAGCCAAUCUAUGCAUGUGCAUCCCACUUUCACUCCAGCACACUUGCAGCAUUUAACAAUUGCUCCUCCCAUGCUCACCAUGAAAUUUUCUAUUCUCACACACCCACUGUGUGCUAUUCAACAAAGUCUUGUUGCACCCACUGCAAGAGUCACUGAAUACUCCCUAGGGCCAUGUUAUCAACUACUCUUCACUAUUCUUCCAGCUUCCGCUCCUAUACCGCCACUGUGCCAUUUAACAGUCAGUGCUUGCGCACUCACUGCAAAACAACUACUCUUUUGCACGUUUCUGUCAACUUAUCAAUCUUUCCUUGCACAUUCUGCACCAUCCAAAUUCCACUAAGCCAUCAAUAAUCAACUCCUUUGCAAUUGCUAUCUGUAGUUAAACAAUCAUUUGCUCCAUUUCGCUCUAUUCUGUGUCCGCUUCUUGUAUUCCCACUUGCAUUCAACAGUCACUUGCACAAAUCACUUAGGGCCUGGCAGAGGUGAGCCCUGGUCUGUGUCUGAGUGACAGAGCUGUCACAGAGGAAAGGGUGGCUCAGAAUUGCCCUGCCUUUCAUCUGUCUCUUGCCUUUAUAGGCUGUAUAUUUAGGGGAUGUUACUGAAAAUAGGUGACAGGGUGCAGGCUGAAGGCUGUAUAGGGUCCCAGGGGCUCCCUCCCUGUGCCUGGCAUUAGCCCUUUAGCUUCCAAUCCUGGGAGAAGCCCCAGGAGGGGACUCAGGUGAGUGCAGGGCAGUGUGUGUUUCCCACCCAGAUUGGAAGUACUCUAGUGUUUAAUUGGUAGAGCUGUGUCUGUGCUGCCCAUGGAUUGUUGGUCCUGGUGGUACACUUCCUCCCCUACUUAUCAGGCUGCAUCUUUCAGCCCUUCCGACAUGAAAGGUUGACAUCCUCUUGACAUAAAGUACAUUCAUCAGGCCCCAGCCAGAGAGAAGUGACCUCAUGUACCUGAUCAGUGUACCUGAUGGUGGACUGGGGGCCAUCUAGGGCAUUUCUGGGUUAAAACAAUUAUACAGGGCAUUGCAGGGAUGCUUAUAGAACGACACCCAGCUAUAGGCCUAAACUCUGCAUCACAAAUCUUUCCCCUGGAUAAGAAAUAAGCAGGAAAAAGAAUUCUGAAGUCUGAGGAGUAUUCAAUUUAGGUAAAGUGCUGACCUUGGUGGGGAGGGAUGAUGAAAAAUCCUGCCUUCCCUCAGUCUUUUUGCAAAUAAUCUUCCCCUGGCUUUUUCCUUUCCAUGUUUGUUUUUUUUUUUUUUUUUUUUUU